GACUGGUUGUGAGGCAGACGCUUCUCCCCCCCGGUCGUUCACGAGCCCAAACAAAGUUAGCGUGCUACAAUAUCAGACAAUAGAAACCAACCAGAAAGUGCGGAAAAUUGUCUGAAUCCUCCUUUGGCCACGACUGCAAACACAUGCAAGAAAACAAAGUAAAUAUCAGAGACUCUGGCGGAAUAACGGGCGCUGAAAACAGAGGGAGACCGGACAAGAGCUUAAAAGCCAGGUCAACAUAAACGAUGGGGGACGCUUCGGGAUCUUCGUGACCCUGUAACCUUUCUGCUGGACAGGUAAACUGCUUUAACAAAGUAAGACAAGUGUCUGUAACAGAAGUGUUUCUUGUCAAAUGGAACCUUCUGCGUGUUGUAGUGCCACUAAACUGUUGACCUCGGGUCCUGGACUAUGUCAUUUUAUCCUAGUUGUAGAAGUCCUGAAAACAUUGUGUUUGCUGGUAGUCUGUUGGCAUCUACAGUAGCACCAAUGCUGUUUACUUUCAUGUUGACUGGGCCCCAGUUGUAAUUAUCUCUAAUCUUCGCAGCUCUCGAGUGAACACUGUUAUAAACACAGUCCUAGUGAAAUUAAAUCAAAUCAGAUUCUCAGAUGAAUAAAAGUUUUGUUUUUAACAACAAGAUGAAAUUAUGUCAGCUGGAUUGUUGGACAGUCCAAAUUCAUCCUGUUGAUCUUAUCCGUCACCUAAAACAUGAGCAGUGACUCCUGUAACAGACUCAGUCAGUAUCUUCUUCAAAACUUCCUCCUCUCUCGUUUUCAUUCAUGAACUUUUCCUGAUGCUUAUCGGUGAUAAAAACAAAACCAGCAGCAGCGCCAGGAUGACGUCGGUUUGAUUUGACAUUUUCUGUGAGCUAUGUGUCUGAACCUCAUUUGUCACAAUAAUACACUAAAAAUCAUUUCAGAUGCUGCUGAGAACGCCAGGAACUGAGUGUCCAUCCAACCUACCAGGCCAGGGGUCUAUGUAGGACUUUAGGACAUUAACCAGAAAUAAAGAGGGUUUUAAAGUGUACUACUCUGUGCAGAUACAUUUUAAGUAUCUCAGUUGAUUGUUAACAGGAGUCAAACAAACUCAUGUUUAAGUAUUGGGCAGGAAAUUUCAGAUAAACAUGAGGUAGUAAUGAAAAGAAAACCAUCCCAUAAUAUUCUCAUUUCAAUACUGAUAUGUUAUAUAACCCACCACAUGCCCCCUUAUGUCCCCCAACACCCGAGCAUAGAGAUAGAUAGGAGUAGAUGGGCACUGAGAGCUGGUUACUCACCGAGGUUAUUAAACAGGCGCCUCCCUUCCCCUGUGGUUCCUAAAGCUCGCCCCCGACACCUCAGGGAGGGUUAACAGCGUCCUAAAACCAUGCCUCCAUCAUAAUCACACCCACACUACGAAAAAGAAAAGAAUACAAUAUCUAGUUCUAAUAUCGCAAACAUAUUUCACUAUCUAACAGUUUCAGAGUAAUGUUCCUGAGUGGAGUUCAUCAGGACUGGAUGGUCCUGAUCUGCAAGGCAUUAAAAACAGACAGGACUCUGGAGUGGGAAUCACCACAUGGACUCAGAAUCACUUAAAAAACAAUUGACUGUGAAUGCAGUUCCAGGGCUGCCAAGUUUCAGAAAAUGACAAUAGUGAGACUUUAGAGUUAUGAUGUGUUCAAAAUUUUUUUUUGCCUUUUUCAAUGUCGAUUUAUACCUGAAGACUGAUGUCCUCACCUCCAUGCCAGCUGCUCUCCCUAAUGCUAGUCUUAACUAACCAGAUAUUAGAAAUUAAAAUUGUAAAUAGAAUUUUGACAAAAUACAUUUAUUUGUCAAUAUUGCAUUACGCCGAGUGGGUUUUAAAUGUCUGCGCUGUUGUGUGUGAAAGGUACUUCGAGACGCCAAGACCAAAAAAAAAACCUCAGUUUUAGUUACAAAGUCGGAAAAAAGCAAAAUUGGAGGAGGAAAUAAGAUGGCUACAUCAACGAGAGUUAUUUUAGCGCUUGCCUUGUCCAAAUAUAAGGCAAGAGCUUAAAUAACCUUUAUAGACGUAGCCAUCUUGUUUCAGGCCUCCAAUUUUGCUUUUUUCCGACUUGGAAACUGAAACGCUGGGAACUCAGGUGAGACGUCACUUCCUCAAGUGAUUCGUUCAGUUGAGCUAAAGUGAGAAACAGCAUUGCCAGGCCAGCAGCUGGCGAACAAGGGACCACAUGCACCAACCCCUGAAUCACUUGGUGAACGAAUCACGCCACGAACUACACUCUCUGGAAUCAUUUUUGUCGAACAAGACUACCUUUUUUUUCAGUGCUAAAUUGCCACCACAACAACUUGCAUACAAUAGGACACAGCAUGUAACAAGUAGUGCAUUAAACCCACAUCAUCCUAUCAUUGCAGCAGUUUGCCAGGGAACGGUACAUGUUCAGUGCCAGUUCUUCUAAGAGUUCAGUGAACAAAUCACUUGCUGAGCCCAAUUUACCAAGCAUGUUCACACUCUCUAUUUGAUUGAUUACAACUCUGCACUGACACAAAAUAUGAAAAUAAUAAUAAUUAUAAAUUUUAUUUAUAACGCGCUUUUACAGGUGCUCAAAGAUGCCUUACAAAGAAAAAGAAGAAAAUGAAAUGAAAAAAAAAAACACAAUUUAAAAUACAGAAAAUUAUGAGAAAUAAAAUAUAUAAAAGGUUAAAAAAGAUGCAAUAAAAGAACAGAUUCAUAGGUUAAAAACCGAUUCAGAAAGGUGUGUUUUUAAGAGUGAUUUUAAAGUGUGGGGGUUAUCCCAGUGCCAUAGUGAGCACCAUCUUGGUGAAGUGUCUCAGGGUAAAAGUUGAGGCGAGAAGUCCAAAGAGUCCUCAAACCGGGCAGGGCAGAGUUUUUGUUUAUCGACAAUAUAUUUCCGCAAUUUUGUUAGAGAUUAAUGUGUUCCUAUGAUCCAUGUAAAAAAUGCCAAACCAAGCAAUUAAAAACGCUGUUAAUGACCUGUUUUCCUCAGAUCACGGUUUGACUAGGGAGCCGCCAUCAUGAAUACAAAAUAUAUACCUUUCAUCUGAUUGACAUUUUGUUUAUAUACGAUGUAUUGAUUCCAAGAAAUAUAUAAGAGUGUAAAAAACAACAAGCCCCGGUCUCCCCUAUUCACAGUAAAAGUCAACAAAUAAUUAUAGUACUUGAACAGUUUUCUGAAUUAGGUUACAGGGAUGUACAUCAGGUGAUAUUUUCCCCAAAUCUGUUCCUUAUGAGACAGGAGUUAUGUGAGGACAAGUAGAGACAUUUCCUGUCUGUCUGUCUGUCUGUCGUUACUUGUUGAUGCUACAGGCUGAACUUCAUCUCCUGUCUGUCUGUCUAUCUGUCUCUCUCUAUGUUUGUGUGAGAGUGAGUGAGAGAGUGAGUGAGUGAGUGAGUGAGUGAGCAGGCAGGCCGGCCGGUCUGCGCGCACAUGCUCAGUGAGGUUAUUUUUGCGCACAGAGGCUUUAAGAGCGGAGCGGCUGGAACCAGACGGCAGCAGAGAGGAGCGCAGAGACACGAGAGAGCGAGAGGAGCGGAGAGAGAGAGAGAGAGAGGAGAGCCAGCCCAUCAGCUGAGUGUCUCCCCCACAGAUGAGCCACCACGGACCCGGCUGUAGCCCCGGCUCUGUGCUGGGCAGCCCGAGCUAGGACGCAUGUCUAUGCGCCUCGCGGCUCUUCCAUCAACUUCUCCUCCAUAGACUCUUGAUUUGAUCUUGUUUGUCCCAUUUUUCCAUCAUGGUGCUGGGUAAAGUGCGGGCCUUGGCGGUCUACUUUGACAGUCUGAAUGACAACAACCUGCCGGUGUUCUCCGGUGGAGACCUGGUGUCCGGGAGGGUGGUGGUGGACGUGACCGGGGAUGUGCGGGUGAAGAGCCUGGACAUAACCGCGAAAGGAGUCGCCAAGGUGCGAUGGACCGAGUCGAGAAACGCCGGAGCGAACACGGCUUAUGCUCAGAACUACACGGAGGAGGUGGAAUACCUGCACCACUAUGACACGCUGAUAGGAGAGGAGAGAGGUAAGGAGAGUGUGUGUGUGUGUUUGUGUGUGUGCAUCCUCACCGACACGCUGCUGCUUUGCGCUGUGUGUGCGUGCGUGUGUGUGUGUGUGUGUGUGUGUAUGUAGCGAUGCGGGCUCAGCUGGGCCACGCAAACUUCUGACACCAGCUUAUUAUCAGUGAAUUAGAUAAAAGAACUUUAUUUAUGCAGGGAAAGGUUGAAAUCACGCGUGAAAACAACCCGCAGAGCCCCCAAACCCCCCUCAGUGACAGUGGUGCUGAUGCAACAGCUGAUCGUGGAUGUGAUCCCCCCUCACAGCAGCGCACCCCGCACUUUAAACCCACUCCCCUUCAAUAAGAACACGCACAAACACCGCAGAAACGCAGAUUAACAUGAAAUGCGAGGCUUUUAUACAGUCUGCAUCAUCUGCUGCUGCAGGAGACGAGGGGAAAAAGUUGGCACGUCGGAGAGAGACUUGGCGUAAAAAGACGGAAAUCGACCCAAAAUCGAAACAGGAUCGAUUGUUUGGUUGUUUUUCACAACUGAUGUAACUGCCGAACUGAUGAGGGAUUAACGUUUUUACUGAUGACAUCCUGAAGUAGGCUAGCACAGGCAACUCCCUUUGUUAGAAGCGGUUCAAACCUGUUCAGAAACUGCCAGAGAGGGAGGGGAGGAGGAGGAGGGAGGGAGGGAGGAGGGAGGAAGGACCCGGCUGACUCUGUGUGUGUGUGUGUGUGUGUGUGUGUGUGUGUGUGUGUGUGUGUGUGUGUGUGUGUGUGUGUGUGUGUGUGUGUGUGUGUGUGUGUGUGUGUGGAAUAAGAUCUCAGCUGCUGGUUACCACUUCCUCCACCUGUGCUGGUUUGUGUUUUUGCUUGUUGAACGUGAUGCAAAUGUGUAAAGAGCAGUUAGAUCAUGGAAAUGAGAGCACAGUUACAUCAGCUGCUGUUCAGCUGGUGACUGAUACACUCAAAUGAAAACACACCAUGGUACAGUAUCAAGAACCGAGGGACCGGUCUGGACCCUGCGGGACAGAUCUGCACCUCAGCACCAGGGUCGAUGUGUGGCUUCUGUCAGAGUUUGAUGGGAUGUUGAAUUUCACAGAUGAAUUUUGAAGUCCUGAUUGAUUCAAUGUAGGACUGAGCGAUUUGGCAAAAAAAACACAAAGAUCACGAUAUAUUUUGUCAUAUCGUCUGACCUCAAUUAUUAUCACGAUUUUUUUUUUAAACUACCAGUUUUAAAGCAUCUGUACUAAAAACUAAAGAAACUAGAGAUUAGUUCAACAUUUUAUUGACAUGCAUAACAAAAAAGUAAAUAACAAAGCAAAUUGAAUAAGAUAAACUUAUAAAAAUAUAAAAACCAUUUUAACUCAACAAUAAAACAAAUGUAGAUGAAUACUAGAGAUUCUAGAGAUGAACUAGUUUACUGAGACUAGAGAUGAACUAGUUUACUGUCCUAAAUGUUUUUGCAGGUAUGCAAGACCCAAAAUAAACAAAUCAUUAGAUGAUGUAAAUGUAGAUGAUAUGAUUUAUUACUUUGGUCUGGUGGCUGCACCGAUAGUUGUGGCUAAACUGCUAAUGCUACUUGUGCCAUCAGCAAUAUUUAUUUUGGUGGACGGUAGGGGAAAGUCCUGCCUCCUCCACCUCUGAUUGGCUAGAAAAGCUGGAAACGUCAUCACACGCUCAAGCCAAACGCAGGCUGUCGGCUCUGUACAUCGAACAGAAUGUUACAGAACAUUAUCGCACUUCUGAAUUUCCUAACCCUAACCCUUAUCCUAAUCCUAACCAUAACCCAACAGACAAUGACGUUUCACAGCCAUUAGGAAUAACCAAUCGGAGCCCAGCACUUCUAGCCAAUCAGAGGCGAAGUAGGGCAGGACCUUCCCCUACCGUCCUACAAAAAAAAAAUUCCACAGGCUGUACAGACUCCACCCACACUUUCAUACUUCAUGCAUAAUCACUCGGGAAGUACUUCUUGAAAUGAUUGAACAGAUCUGUUGGGUUGCCAGUUUUUGAGGACACAUCGGCCUAAUUGCUCGACGUCACUUUGGAGAUACCCAAACCACCGCCACAACCGACGUUGAAUAACUUCUCAACAAUAACAUCUUUGAAGAAUGACUCAAAGUCGUGGCUGACAUCUAUUUUGCUUCCCUCAGCUCCGCGUUUAGCUCCACGUUCGGUCAUUCUGUUUACUUCACUGGCAAUGUACGGAAGUGAGCAGGAAAAGCUCCACUCUGAUUGGCUGUUGUCACGCAUAUUUCCGUUAUGUUUGAUCGAGUAAAUAAGCUCACAGCUGAUCACCGUGAUCAAACUGAAAUUAAUCACGAUGAUAUAAUCGCCCAGGCCUAAUUCAAAGUCUCUCCGGUUCAGAGAAACCAUCAUGAAAACUUGAAUACAAGAUAUACAAGAAUCAGCCAUUUUCCUCGUGUUUCUGCACACACACACAUAAAGAUAAAACGCUGCUCUCUAUGCCUACAGAGGAGAAACAGAAAAAUACAAAUGUAUCAAACAACACGAGUAAAAAAUACUCAAAACAAAUCCAGAUCCACACCGCCUGUAAAGGAGGAGCAGAGGGAGCAGAGCACAUUACUUUUAAAGUUUGGUUCAAAGUUUAACUCUCAGCUGGAUGCAUGCCUUCAAAAUUCAGAUUCAUCUCCGCAGAACAAUCGGAUGUAAAUGCACAUAUGAGAAAACAAAGGCGGUCCAAACGUGUGCAGUGUACUCUGCACUUCACUUAAAACACCCAAACUUUCCUCUGUUAGGCUUUGGAAAAUAGCUCAUGGGUUGGGUUUAAACGGAGGGAAAAGUAAACAAGGCGACGCUUUCCUGCCGAGGAUCUGAGCUAAGUAUUUGAGUCAGGAGUCAGUUUGAAGCGCUGAAGCUCAAAACCUUCACUUUAGGUUGACUUUCCUGCUCCUUUAUUGUACCUCACUGUCUGCAGUUUAAUUCACUUGAUUACAAACUUGUCCUGCCCUGACCUCUAAAAACAUGUGUACCUCUAAAAACACAAACACAUGAUGCGCCUUUAAGUUCUGGCACUUCUUCAUCUGUUUCUAAAACCAGGUCACACCGAGGAGAGAAACUCCACCUCUCUAUACGUCUGCUGUUCCUGCUGCAGCUCUCAGCUCCAUCACAUGACCCUCCUCAGCAGAUGGAGUUGAGAGCUUAUUUUCACCAAACGGUACAUGGAGGAAUGCUAGAAGUUCACUGGAGCCGGGCUGAUGAGCUCACCAAAGUAUCAGCCGACUUUUACCGGGAACAGAUGAAUCAGUUUAGAGUUUAUGUCUGUGGAAAAGACGAGCAAAGUUGACAGAGUUCGUUUCUGCGCUGCAAACAGAAUCUAAGCUGGCCAUCUAAAAAAACAGGAUUUAGCUCCUGCUUUUUUCACGGUGUGCAGGUUUGCACUUUUGCACAUCCAAGAAAAGCCGACAACUCAAUUAUUUUCACAGAUUUGGACUGUAAAGUCUCAGAAAACUCUGAGAUUCAUCUCAAACCCAAAAAAAGUCAGUUUAAUGUCACAGAUGAAGAAGAAGAGCAGCAGCAAAUCCUCCAUUUUCAGCUUCUUAAUCUGAUCUGCGCUGACACUUCUGCUUGAAAAAUUGACCCAAAUGUUGAAUGGGCUCUCGCUGAAGUCACAGAUUAGGCAAAUGUUUCAGCUUUUUCAGACACAGUGAACUUUUCCUGCGUAGAAACAAACGCAGAGAGGUUCAUCUGAUUCUAGUGAGUGUUUUCCAGACGAGUUAAAAGUUUUUUUGCAGAAACUUUUUCAAACUUUCAGAGGAGGAGAAACUAAACUUGUCAGUGUGUGUGUGUGUUUUUGUGUGUCUGUGUGUGUGAGGCUGAAUUAAAAGCUGCCAGUGUGACAGAUCUGCUCCCCGUCAUCAUCCACUUCCAUCAUUUCUUUGCGUGAGAGUUUCAGGUCCACCUGGAGUUCACAGUCAGAGUGGGACACCCUUCCUCCCCUCCUCCUCCUCCUCCUCCUUUUCCUCUCCUCCUCCUCUCACGCAAUACACCACAUGGUUGUGUUCAUGUGGGCAGGGGCUUGUCGAAUCUGUACCAAUCAGAGAGCGAGCUGUAAUUCAUGUCACGCUCUCGUCCAAUGGGAGGCUUAGUUGUGAUGCAUGCGUUGGAGUUUCCAGCUGAAGGAAGCUGCUCAGUCUGGUUCAUACCGGUCUGCUCCUGCUCAGACUGUGUGCCGGUGACUUGACUUAGGCGCACAUCCGCGCACACACACACACACACACACACACACACACACACACACACACACACACACACACACACACACACUCUCUCUCUCUCAGGCUGUUCAUGACAUCUCAAACAUACUAACACAGACAGACUGAUCUGAGGUGAAGCUGAGUGGCUGCUGAGCUGGCAGCGUGUCGACGGGGAUCUGCUCGACUUGAGAUUUUCAGACAAACACAAACAGAGAAAUGAGGAAGUGACAGAGGUCAUGUUCUCUCUUUUAUAGGGUGUAGUUCAGUUUAUCUCGGCUGUGAAAACACACAACGAAACGCCUCAGCCUGAAAUAUCAGGAUUUCGCGACUUUGGCUGGUUUUCUGCUCUGUGUGUGUGUGAGGAGUUUGUUUUUUAUUUGUUUAACUCUGACAAAUAUGAAGGUGUGUUUUUCUUCAAAUCCUCACAGAGGCCCAUUUAGACAAAAAUCUACAACUCAAAUAUCGCAGAAUAAAAAAUGCUAACUGACUUUUAAACUUUGUCGUAUCAGAAACCAAAGUUGUUUGUCCUACAAUCUUUAGACGCUUAGUAUCAAAAAUGAUGAGUUUGCCUCAUAAAAAUAACAAAGUAAAGCAGAAAAAGGAUCAAAUAUAACAAACCUUAAACUUUUUGUUCAAACUUUUAGUCACAAAAAUGAUCCUGAGUUACAGCUUGUCCACAAAAGUUAGUAAUUAGUACCAGAUUAAUUCAAUCUUCAAAUUUAACUAACUUUCAGUCACCAAAAUGUGUCAAAAUGAUGACUCAGCAACACCAAAUAAUGACUCAGCACGGCAAACUUGUGGAUUAUUAUCUAAAAAUAAAGACGAUGAUCAUUAAUAAAAGAUGUAUCAUAAAAAAAAACAUGCUGUCUUAAAUAUGACAAAUUUACAAAAUUCUGUCUAAAUUCCUGAAAAGGAAAAAUUUUUAGUCUGAAAAUGAAGCUGUAGAGUUUCUUAAAAUCACAAAAUCAUCAUCUAGCGUCUCAAAAGUAAAGACUUAAAUGAAGUGGUAUCUUCAAAACUCUAAAACACACUGCCUCAAAAUGAUUUCUUAGUAUUACUGAAAUGACAAAGAAAUAACUGUGUGUGUGUGUGUGUGUGUGUGUGUGUGUGUGUGUGUGUGUGUGUGUGUGUGUGUGUGUGUGUGUGUGUGUGUGUGUGUGUUUUAGCAGAUGGUGUGGAAGCUUCAGGUCAGUCACUCAAACUCUCUCUUUGCGUUUCAGACGAGGACUGUCCAGAAGAAGGUCUGACCGUUCUGCACCCAGGACUUCACGAGUUUGCCUUCAGCUUCAACCUGCCGCAGAUGUUAGUACCAAUGAAGUAUUAAUGAAGUACUUUUACUCAGUUUGAAGUAUAAAAGCUAAGUUUUUACUUCAGUAAAGCAGCUUAAAAGUUUAACUCAAAUGAGCCGGUCCACUUUCAGUCGAAUCACUGCAGCUAUGAUCCGUGUGUGUAACGUUCCCCUUCGAUUGAAGGACCACUGCAAAAACUUAACGAAUGAGUAAUCCCGGAAAAUUUCGGUGAAGUGUGUAUCAAAGCUUGUUUUGAUGACAUAUGUGAUGACGUCUGAAGCCUCGUGAGUAUAUUUUUUCAUAGGAUGGUAGGAGAAGGUCCCGCCCUCCUUUGCCUCCGAUUGGCUAGAGGUGCUCGGCUCCAAUUGGUUAUUUCCUAUGGCUGUGAAACAUCAUCAUCUGUUGGGUUAGGGUUAGGAGAUUCAGAAUUGCGAAAAUGUUCUGUAAUGUUCUGCCGACAGCCCGUGCUCGGCUAGAUCGUGUGAUGACGUUUCACAGCCAAUGAGAGGCAAAGGAGGCAGAACCUUCCCCUACCAUCCAAGGAAAAAAAAAUCGUAAGCCAGCCGUAUGACGAGACUGAUUCAAGUUUGCGGGUAUGGUGGAUGAUUAAAAAAUAUAAGUCUGUUAGGCAAGUUAGACAGCUGAUAGACACAAGCACAUCCACAAAGACUGUCACAUAGAUGAAAUAAAUAAAUGAAAUAUAGACUGUCAUACAAGAAAUUAAAAUAUCGAUUGUGGUCUCAGCCUUGACAACUCGUGCAAAGUGACUCACAAGUUGGCCCUUGUGUACAAAUAGCUGUGAAAUAACUGUACUUCAUGAUUAAGUUUUUUUUUUUCUCAAAGAAAAUCUGCCAUUUCAAUAUGUCCAAACAUCCCGACUCAUAGCCACGUUAUUAAGGUCUGUAAUAAACAAAUCUGUCAAGAUUUCAGCGAGUUAAGAGUAUUUUUGAUCAUGCAGAUUACUCACCUUCCCUCAGCUACCAUAGAGUGUACUAGAAUGGUAUACCGGGGUAAGAUGACCGCCAUGUAGGGACGCCGGUGACUCGAGUCAUCUAGCCUUCUUAUUCAUAUCUAUGCAUCUCACCAUCACUAACAUUAACGUAGUAUUAGCUUCGCUUGUUAGCUUUAGUAACGCGAUAUAAUAUAUGAAGUAUGCUAACUUCGGUAAAUAUAAACAAACUUUAUGUAAAUCACGAGCCAUACUUGGUUGAAAACACACACGAACGCACAAUAGUCAACUUAAAAAUCCACCUCGUAUUUGAUGGCAAUAUUUCGCAGUAAACUUUAGGACCCCAAAACUGCCUGUAUCAAUGCCUGAACAAAAAUGGGUUGAAUCCCAAGGAUCCCGGGCUGCCCAAACAGGUGUCCGAACAAAACCUACUUGAAGUGGGUUUCAAUACAUAGAUAGGAAAAAACAAAGGAAAUUUAUAACACAAUUGUAAGAGUAAAGAGGCGCAACUUUCCCUCUUAUAAAAAAUACACAUCCAUCACUUUCUCCACAUAUUUUUCAUCAUUCUGGCUGCAGCUGCACACUUUAACACCAAGAUCAAAUUACAAACAAUUAUUUUUACUCAUUACACGCUACACUGCUCUACAUGCAAAGGUGCAAACUUUAAAUGCACUGUGCAUUAAAUUAAACUGAAUGUAUUCUUCAUUUUUGAGCUUGCUUCAGAGUUCUGCACGAGAGUCUGAUUUUCUGGAGGUUUUUCAGGGUUUUUUUUUGCCCCAUUUUGAUGAAAAGUACAAUCACAUCUCAUGUAGUUAUAACUUUGUUUGAGCAACACCUUUAAAUCAAUCUUUUACAAAGUGCUUUGACGGACAGAACAAAAGCAGAAACUCAAGAGGAUGACAAAGUUCAAGCAAUGCAAAAACAAACCGAAGCACAAAAGCUUGGUGAGAAUAAAAGCAAUAAACACGUUGAGCUUCAAGGGCAGUGGAGCAAUCAAUCAAUAAAUCACCUUAGAUUAAAGCUUUGAAGGGUGAUAAAAAGGUAAUAAGACGUGCGAAACAUUCAAGUGUGUUACAUGUGGUUAAAAUGCUGCAAUGUAUCAUGGGGGUUUGAGGUUUUAAAGUUUAGAAAAACAGAUCCACCCAGAGGCAUUCAAUCCACACUCAGAGUAUAGCAUUUAUCUGGUUAUACUUCAACAGAUUUAAUCAAGUGUUUGUUUUAAAGCCGUUUUAAGGAUUUUUCACGCUAGACCACCCACCCUUCAUUUCCUUUCCUACACCCCUCUCUUUUCUCCUCCACCCUUUCUCACCGUCCUCUUCCUCUCGUCCGUCAGGGCCCUGGCCACUUCGUUCGAGGGGAAGCACGGCAGCGUGAGGUACUGGGUGAAAGCUGAACUGCACCGUCCGUGGCUGCUCCCGGUCAGAGUGAAGAAAGAGUUCAUUGUGUUCGAGCACAUCGACAUCAACACGCCGCUGCUGCUGGUACGAACGCUGCACGUCUGCCUGGCUUCAUUACGGCUAAAAUAAGAGAUAACAAUGCUCCCACUCUCAUGUCCGUACACCAAAUAUGAAGCUCUGCUGAAUUUUAUCUCAAUACGGUGAAUUAUAUAGAGAGAAAGGGUUCUGGUGCAAGUAGACCUCUGCUUUAAUCCAGACUUUUAUGAUAAAACCGUAUAAGUAUCCUGACACUUUCUCAUGUUUCGCCCCAAUCUGAAUAUUUGCUCCUUUUAAAAGUCACAAAUGGUGGAGGCAGGCCAAACUGUAGCAUCGUCCACCCCCACUAGGGGGCAUUUCAAGGUGUUCCCAGAUGAGUUUGAACCCUCACCUUUAAGUAAAGAGUGAAAGAUGAAGAUCCUGAAUACGAGAGGAUGAAAAGAGUUUCCUCAGCUGCAGAGAUAAGGUCAGGAGCCCAAAGUAGAGCCAGCGAGUGGUUCGAAUAGUUGUGAUCACGACCCUCCUGGGAGAUUUUCCAGGCAUGUCCAAGUAGUAGAGACCUCAGGGUGGACCAAGGACUCACAGGAGUUUUUUUUUAAUGGGCCUAGAUAAGUGCUUGAAGUACCAUUUUUACAAAUUUAACCUCCAAGAGCAUUUGUUCGUGUUUUGCACAAUUUUCAUUCAAAAAGAGGCUUUAAUCGAUUUGUCCUCUGUAGUUUCCAGUCAAGGUUAAAAGCUGAGUCAAAAGAUCUUCUCUCAAUUUAUUAUUAUGCUUUCAGGGCUUUAAAGGCUCGACAAGGCAGAGAGAAAAAGAUGUCAGAUUAAAACCUCAGUUCAGUUUUGGUAAAGGCAAUUUUUAGCUGAAAUUCUUGACAUGAGCUCUAAAAUAUAAACCCGAAAACCUCUUAAGUACAGAGGAUUAAAUCAGACUCUCUGUGGUCCACUUCCUGUAGGUUUCAGUCCUCUUUGGACUUCUCUUCUUCUGCUGUAAUCAUUAAAAAAAACCUAAAGAUGAGUUUCUUCUUUAAUAAAAAUACUCUGAUUUAGUUUUAUGGUUCAGGUUUUAUUAGCAGGACAGAUCUUUGAGAUCUGCAUGUGGAGUCCCCCAGGGGUCAGUCCAACCACUCCUUUUUCUGCUGAUAACAUGUGAGGUUCCUGAUAUAUGCAGAUGAUACUCAAAUUAUCCAAAGUGAAAUAACUUGAUAGUAUCCGAACUUGUUUCAUUUGAGUCUUAAGGUCCUUACACCGGGAACGUCGCAAAUAUACGACGCGAAAUUACGAAAUAUUUGGAGGUGAAUUUUGACGCACCUGUCUAUUCACAUCAAGUGUGAUGCGAUUUUGCAACUUUCUGGGGGGGAAAAAGAUGCAUCCCAGGUGGAAGCGAGAAGACUGACCCAACAGCAGACUGACUGUUUUUCAGUUCUGAUUAGACACUAGUGUUGAGAUGUCUGACUGUCUGCAUGUACUGAGUCGGGGCCAGUACCAGAUAAGCACAAUAAACUAUAAUCCAUAAACGUAAGGUAACAACUGAGACCUAAUGGUGCUGUGACAGCAAUGCGAUUGGGUUUGAGACAGUGAAAAUACAUAUGGUAUGAACAGGUUAGUUUACGAGCUCAAGUUACUUAGCACAGAUGAAAGUUAAAACAAAGACAUUUAGCAAAGUGACACACAAACCAUCGUCAUAUGAGAAAUCCGACGCUAUGACUCUCCACAAGUUGUCCUUCAGGUCGUUAUCUUUGUAAUGUUUGUGUCUUUUAUCAAAAAGCACUCUGUUCUCUGAGACGUAAACAAUCAGCUGAUCAGCUGAUCAGUUGGAUAUACCGGUGAAUCAGACGUCACAACAACACGCAAUCUGAUUGGUCAGAAGUGGACACACAGUAUGCGAAACUUGAGAAAAUUUGACCGUGAGAUGAAAAAAUAAAUGCUGCAGUAUUGCAGGACAGGAAAACGUCACUGAUGUGAACGCUUGUAUUGACAGGAUACAGGUUCAAAAAAAAUAUUGACGUCCGAAAUAAUUGCACGAAAAAAACGCUCCCGGUUUGAAAGGACCUUAACUGAAACGGUCACAGUGAGAAACUUUUUGGUUGUGUUGAUUCUGGCGCCCCCUGUGGACAGAGCGGUUUGGACCAUAUUGAACAUCUCUUGUCUUGCUGACUGUUAUUUUUGUUUGUUCUUUUUUUUGGAGGGGGGUUAAUUUUUUCAAUAGUGCAGGAAACAGGAAGAGAGAGUGACGUUUCUAAGAAGUCGCAGGUUUUUCAGAUUUCAGCCUCAUAUUCGGGGUACAGGUGUGAGAGUGGGAUCAAUCUUCUCUUCUCGGUCACUCGGUUAAGAAAGUUUGAUUCCUGAAAUGUGUUUCUUUUUUUUGGAGCUUUCAGAAGAAGACCAAAUAUUUUAAUCAGCUGUUUUAAUUGUUUGUGAACAGGCUCCUCAGGCCGGUACAAAGGAGAAAACUUUGUGCUGCUGGUUUUGUGCUUCCGGCCCUAUCUCCCUCAGUGCCAAGAUAGAACGAAAGGGCUACACACCAGGUGAGCCCCCACCUCCUCCACCCAUCUUUUCUUCUUCUUCUUCGUCUUCUUCUGCUUUGUCUCUACCUUCUCACUUAUCUCGUUUCUCUCUCAGUCUGACGGACUGAUCUCUGCUCCUUCUCUCCCAGGCGAGUCCAUCCAGAUCUUCGCCGAGGUGGAGAACUGUUCUUCCAGAGUCGUGGUUCCCAAAGCUGCACUGUACCAGACUCAGACCUUCUUUGCUAAGGGGAAGGGGAAACAGAUCCAGCAGCUGGUGUCCAACCUGAGAGGAGACCCUCUGCCACAGGGGAAGAGCCAGAGCUGGGAGGGAAAGCUGCUCAAGAUCCCCCCGGUGUCCCCGUCCAUCCUGGACUGUCCCAUCAUCAGAGUGGAGUACGCCCUUGUGGUGAGUCCGGGUUUUUCUGAUGUAAAGAUUGACAUACAGACCGAAAACUGGAUUAUUUCAGCUCAAAAUAUUUGAUUAAAGUCCAAAAAUCAUACACCAGGAGUUUCUGAGAGUACUGAUUUAUAUUUACAAAGACAAAGAAUAAUCUUAGUAAAACAGCACAGAAGUUAAAUUCACUAAAAGGCUGAAAACAAAGCCAUCUUUUGUACUUUAGAUCAACAUUUCAUACUCAGAAAGUUCAAGUUAAUAAUAACAAAUAAAUGCAAAUAAUUACCUGUAUUAAACCAUAAUAAUGACCUAACCUGCACCUGCUAGUUACCUGCUCAUAACCAGAUUAAUCUCGUUUUAAAAACCGACCAAUGAGGAAAAAUGUCAGCUCACCUGCUCCUAUUUUACAAACAAAAAUCUGCUGCAUACAUUUACAAAAAAGCAAACAAUGCAACUCCUGACACAGAGCAAAUAACCUCCUGAUAGCCUGUUUACUGCCUGUUGAUGCAUUACUAGCUCUGCAAACUACGGUGGCCCUGAAGGUCAACUGCCCAAAUACUUCAAGACUGCAAAAAAACCAUUUAACUGUGUUUCUCAAAACUGAUGAAUACUUGAUAAAACAUGCAAAUAUUUCACUGAAACACAAGAAUGUCUCAGGAAAUACAAUAAAAAAACGUGGAAAAUAUUUUGAAUUUUGUAAAAAAAUAUUAUUUUAAUUCAAUUUUUUUAAUUUUUAAUUUGGCAUUUGUCUCCUGAAUAUUGUUGUUUUCUGUCCUUGACCUUCAGGGCCACCAUACUGAAUACUCUCCUGUUUUCAGUCUCUUAAAGUAAAAAUUAUAAAAACCUGCAAAACCUGCAUGUUAGUGACCCACUUCUGCAUUUUAACAACCAAAUAACAACUGUCUAAACCUGCAGAGUCAGUGUGUUAAAAUACUCAAGAAACACAAGAAAUUACUCUGAAUAAUCAGUUCAGUAUCAAAAAAAGAACAAAAUGCACUAAAGAGACAAAAUUAUUUUUAUAAAAUGUUCAGUGAAGAGGAAAUUAAAAAAAAUACUUAGAAACACAGCGAAGAAAUACAAGAUAUACAGUUUAGAUUCAUAAAUCAAAUUAAAACAAAAAUCCUGUAAAAUCUGAUUUAAGAAGCAAAAGGAAAGUUUAAAAUAUUCAGUAUUUUGAAAAAAUAGUUUAUAAAUGUUUUUUUUUUUUUGGUCACGGGCUGAAAGAGAGGUUCAGGGACGUCUCAGUGAGUGUAUUUUUUAAUAAAUGUCUGACAUAGAAAGACAAAAUAUGCUGUUAAGAUUUCACAAAAUAGCGACAACAAAACAUGCAAAAUUAAAAAUAAAAUGUCUUAAAUCCUGAGAUUUAGUAAAAAGUUCAGCCAAAAUCCAAAAACACUGAACUAAAAUAAAAGAGAACAUAAAAGUGGGUAAAAUAUCAGUCUCUUUAAAUAGAAAUUUAAAAACCUGCAUGUUAGUGACCCACUUCUGAAUAAACUAACAGCAUUUAAACAACCAGGUAACUACAUCUAAACCUGCAGAGUCAGUGCGUUAAAAUUAACCUACAAAUACCUGCGACUGACCAACUGAAACAGGCAGAACAAGGUCGAACAAGCGCGCGGAAGCAGGCUAACUCAACUCAUCUUUAUUUGCAAAGCACUUUAAAACAACCACAGCUGAACAAAGUGCUGUAUGUAAAUAGACAAAACAAUGCAAACAUAAAAAACAAUCAAAAACAAUGGAUAAAAAAAACAGAUAUUAAAAUGAAAAAUAUAGUUUCUAUGUUUUUAAAAACUAAUUUAAAAACAUAGAAACAAAUAACUAAGAACAAACCAUAAAACACUAAAACAGGAGCCGAGUCUCAUGCAGGGUUGAAAGCCAAUGAAUAAAAAUGGGUUUUAAGACGAGUUUUAAAAAUGGACAGUGUGGCGGCUUGUCUGGUUUGUAGGGGUAGCUUGUUCCAUAAUUUUGGGACCGUAACAGAAAAAGAUCUAUCCCCUCUGAGCUUCACUUUGGACCUCGGUACCUCCAGGAGCAGCUGAUCAGCUGACCUGAGGCACCGAGCAGGGGUGUAGGGGUGGAGAAGCUCAGAGAGGUAAGAUGGAGCCAGACCAUUUAAAGAUUUAAAAACAAAUAAAAUAAUCUUAAAAUGAACUCUAAAGUGCACGGGUAACCAGUGGAGGGAGGCCAGGCUAAAAUGGAGACCUCCUGAGCUUGCAUAAACAGUGGGGUAGGAUUAUAUUAUUUGGAUUGAAUUGAAAGAACAAAAUAACCUGAAAUAGCAGAAAUAAUAUAUUAAGUAUAUAACUUUAGAGACAAAGUGAAUCAAAGCUGCAGAACUUUAUUAGUCACAAAAAAACAAAAUCAUGCUUUUAUUUUGAAAUCCACCGCCGGCACAUGUCAGGUGUGAGACAUUUGUGUUAUUUUGACAUCCUCAGUGAGGUUCAGGAUGGUUCUUGUUUUGAUCAGAGAGCAGGAAGUCGUGGUAGGAGUUUGUCCUGUUCUACUUUGUCAGCCUGUUAUGAAACGUCUCAGGUGAUGUGCAUGUGAAAUCCCUCAGCACCCACAGAGACACGAACAGGCAUAACUGGAUCCAGCAGGACAAAAUGUUUGCUAAAAUGGUUUGUUGUUAAAGUCUGAAACACUCCCUCCCUCCCUGCCUGCCUGCAGGUGUAUGUUGAUGUUCCCGGUGGUCUGAAUUUGUCGCUGUCAUUGCCAUUGGUGAUCGGGACCAUACCUCUGCACGCCUGCGCCUCCCGCACCUCCAGCAUCAGCAGCAACUGCAGCACGCUGAGCUGGCUGGGCCUGCAGGAGAGGCCUGAAGGUACGGAGCGCCAACAUGAGCGUGCACAUCCUCUUGUUUGAUUUCCAGACGGCACGCAGAGAUCUCUGACCCUCAUGUUUUUGUUUUUCUGCAGCUCCGCCGAGUUACAGCGAUCUGGCGAUAUCAGAGACUGAAAGGCGGGACUGUCUGCAGGGCUGUGAUAGGUCUGACAGCGAGGGAGAGGACCAGGGAUCUCUGCUUACAUACAUCACAGAGUUCAGAUAUCUGCCCCCACCACUCUACUCUGAGGUACGGCUAAUACCCACACACACCCACCCAGAUAUAAACACACACACACACACACACACACACACACACACACACAGAUUCACACGCAGAGAUACACACCGUGGCAGCAAAGUGACUAAGAUAGCAUAAACAUAUAAAACAGCUGUCACACCCUGUUAAAGAGCAAAAACGGUGUGGUAUAAAUAAGAUAAAACAGAUGCAACACCAGAGGAGAAGCUGUGCAGAAAUGGUUUGAAGGGUGUCCACUUAAGAUGCAAUAAGAAGUGCAAAAGAUAGUGUCAGUGUAAUAUAAAAACUGUGCAAAAUAUCCAGAUAAGCUGCAGUGAAAAAACUUACAAAAACAAGUGUUCAGUUUUACUUGGAGAAGUCUCCUGGUGAGAUGCAUGGAAAGAGUAUAAAAUUUUUAAACCGAGUUACAAGAUCAUUCAAGAAUCCAGUUUUGGUGCAAAACAGAGUCAAAAGUAUCGGAUUAAAAAGUGAAAUAUGUGCUGCAGAAAAAAACUCUCUCAGUUUCAUCCUGAGCAGAAAAGUGCAGAGAAAGAGUCGAGUUAAAAGAGUUAAAAUACUCCGUUAGGAUGCAAGAAAUGACGCUGAAUAAUCAGUUUAGUAUUAAAAAAAAGUACAAAAUGCACUAAAAUGACAAAAAUAUUUUUUUAAAUAUUCAGUGAAGAGGAAAUAGGAAAAACACUUUGGUGGAAACACAGCGAAGAAAUUCAAGAUAUACAGUUGAAUUUCAAACAUUCAAACAAAAAUCUUGUAAAAUCUUAUUUAACCCUUGUACCUUAUUAAGGUUUCUGGAGGGGUAAGGCCUUGUCUUUGAUGCUAUAACUUUUUUUCUAUUAAUGCCCUUGCAAAGAAAUUCCUAGAAAAUGUGUAUUUUGUGAUGAGGCAUGAUAUACCUGAAAUUGAAGAAAAAAAACCCUAUGGUUAUGGUUUUUUCUUCGAAUAUGCUUAAUCUUGCAUUAGCGCCACACAAGUGCCCCAUGCAUUCCAAUGGGAAACCACUUGUCUUUUACAUAUACCCAUAUCAGUGGGAAAAAUGAAUUUCAGCAAAGACUGUUUUCCCCCUUUUCUGAAGACAUUAAAGAUGCACUGUGCACUUUCAGCCACAAGGUGCACCUUUUUUUUCAUGAAUAAUAGAGGCUGAUCUAGCCAGGUGGUCAAAACCCCAUUAUUCCUUAUGGGAAUUUGGCAAAAAUUACAAUAUUCAAAAAUCAAAAAAUGCACAUAAUUUUAUCACUAAUAAAAUUAAGCAUUUUUUAAUCUUAUUUUUACCAUUUUACUUUAUUUGGGCAUGAAUCUGUCUCAAAUUUGUUAUUCUGGUGUUUUUUAAUUUUUUUUACCAUUUUGGUCAGUUUGACACACCCGUAAACCACAGCCUAUGAUAGAUGCAGUCUUUUGGAAGGAAAAUCUGCUACCUGUUUGUAAUAUACUGCCACAAGAGUUAUUUUUCCCCCCAUUUUUUUGCAUUUUAUCUUGAGUCUAUUUCCAAUCCAACUUUUUCAAAUUAUGAAUGCUGAAAUUUCAUUUGUUUUCAUAUUCGUUAUUGACCUUCAGUGAGAGGCCAUUUUUUGCAAAAAAACAAAAGUGGACUGUAGAAGUGAAUAAAUCAGGUGUGCAUGUAUUUUUUUUUCUGUGUUAGUGUUUUCCGUGUGUGCAUGGUCGUGUGUGUUCGUGUGCAAAUGUUUGUGCACGCGCAUGAUCUUGCGCGCGCUCGUCACAGCCAGCGAUUGCGUUCAUGGCACAUGCGCCCCAAGCGUCCGAGGUUGCCCCGGGUACAGCCGCCCCGUUACCCGUGAUCAGAUAGCCUUAGGCCCGCGUCAGCAAAGGCGGGGAGCCGCUGGCUGCUCUGGAGGUGGUAACCUCACCUCACCACUCGAAAACGGGGGUGUCGGAUGGUCGUCGCCGGCGAAUUUUACGCGCUUCGCGGCGGGGACACACACACACACACACACACACACACACACACACACACACACACACACACACACACACACACAAAGCUCAUCCCCAACGGGGUUUUGCAUCCGGCAGUCCGACGUAACUCGUAGGCUAAUUGCUGUGCCGCGCCACCUGAUCUGGAGGUACCGCCCCUCAGCUCCACAGAUCGUAAGCACACACACACACAGACACACACACGCACACACACACUCGCACGCCGGCACACACAAACACUCGCUCGCAGGUACACGCGCGCGCGCACGCACGCACAAAGGUACACACAAACACCCACACACGCACAUACAUGUUUCAAACUAAAAUUAAAAGGAUUAAAAGUUUGAAAAUAGUUGAUUUUUUCUUUUGAGUGGUUAGAGCAGAAGUCAAUGAUGACAGCCAUGAUAAAAAAAGGGCAACUUUUCAUUUGUAGAUGACUUUAUAGGCCACAAAGACAGUGGCAGUUCCGUGCCACUAAUGCAAGAUUAGUCUUUUUUUUUUUAUUUUAGGCUGUGACGCAAAAACUGAAACUGCAACUAAAACUAAUUUCACACAUACUCAUACCACUCAUAGGUUCUGAUAAUCCUGCACAAAGAAAUUUGAUUUUGCAUUACUCUUAUAAUUUUUAGCCCUUUUUUUAAAUUUUGGGCAUUUUUUACGGUGUGUUUACACUAAAGUUAAAAAGGUUAAAAGUUUGAAAGUGGGUGAUUUUUUAUUUUGAGUGGUUAGAGCAGAAGUCAAUGAUGACAGCCAUAAUAAAAAAAGGGCAACUUUUCAUUUGUAGAUGAUUUUAUAGGCCACUAAGUGACAGUGGCAGUUCCGUGCCACUAAUGCAAGAUUAGUCGUUUUUUUUUAUUUUAGGCUGUCACGCAAAAACUGAAACUGCAACUAAAACUAAUUUUACACAUACUCAUACCACUCAUAGGUUCUGAUAAUCUUGCACAAAGAAAUUUGAUUUUGCAUUACUCUUAUUAUUUUUAGCCCUUUUUUUUUAAAUUUGGGCAUUUUUUACAAUGUGUUUACACUAAAAUUAAAAGGGUUAAAAGUUUGAAGCUGGGUGAUUUUUUCUUAUGAGUGGUUAGAGCAGAAGUCAAUGAUGACAGCCAUGAAAAAAAAAGGGCAACUUUUCAUUUAUAGAUGAUUUUAUAGGCCACUAAGUGACAGUGGCAGUUCCUUGCCACUAAUGCAAGAUUAGGGAUUCUAUGUUAAUAAGGUAGCAGGGUUAAGAUGCAAAGGUUUAAAAUAUUCAGUAUUUUUAAAAAAUGGUUUAUGAAUUUAUUUAUUUUUUUGGUCAGGGUCGGAAACAGAAGUUCAGGGACGUUUUGGUGAGUGUAUUUUUCAAUAAAUGUCUGACAUAAAAGGACAAAAUAUGCAGUUAAGAUUUCACAAAACAGUGACGACAAAACCUGCGAAAUAAAAAAGAAAUUCCUAAAAUCCUGAGAUUUAGUAAAAAGUUCAGCCAAGAUCCAAAAACACGAAACUAAAAAAAAAAAGAACAUAAAAGUGGGUAAAAUAUCCAAAAAGGUGCGACAAAAAAAAACAUAAAAUAUCUGUUAAUGAUGAAGUUAAAGUUAAAGACAGACAAAAACAAAGACAGGAUUUCAACUUUUGAAAGGAAACAAAAAGUUUACUGGAGUAACAAAGGAGUUUAUUUAUCCAAUAAAGAUGCAAACAGAAUAAAGGAAGUAAAUCCAAAUAACAUUCAACAAUCAAACACAAGGAAAAUAUUAGUUGAAGGGUUAAAAAAUAAAGUGUGAAUGAUCCAAAGAGUGAGGAAAGAGCAGUAAUUGAUUAAGGGAAAAACAUUCAGUCUCCAAUAAUCAAUAAUACGAGUUUAAAGGUGGAGAUUCACUAAAAAAAAAAAAAGAAACAGCAGCUGAAAAAGUUAAAAAUAAAUCCACUUUAGAUCUGACAUAAAUGAAAAGUCUAUUCAGUUUUUUAAAUCAGCUGUCUGAGCUGCUGUGGCUCGCUGUGAUUUCCUGGUUUCGCACGCCGCCCCGUCUGCAGCCCAUACUGAUGCAGUUCUCCCUCUGCCCCCCUUUCAGGUGGACCCCUACCCUGACUCCGUGGAGGUGUGCAGGUCCGCUGACGUCAGGAGACCCGACACGUGUCCGUCCCGCUGAGGAGAGCUGGAGAGCUCAGAGGGCUUCUGCACAAACUUGACACCGUCACCCCCAGCUUCUCACCAGAUCAUAUAUCAGCGUAAAUACCGCCGCAGACCCUCCCUCACGGGGGGGAGUCAGCUGAGAGAGGAUCAGGUGACCGCUGACAUAUGGACCAGGGAUUUUCGAGCCACGCUGGAUCCUCCGUAUCCCGCUCCAGACGAGGCGAAUGAAAAGGUUCUCUCUGACACCACUAUGACUCUGAGGAGGCCGCAAACAAAGAUGGUGGUCAGGAGAUGCCUCCUCCUGCCUCACAGAGGAUUUUGCACAUACCGUUGUUACUGUUUUUUAAGGGUGGGUUUUUUUAUACUCUGCAGACUGCCGCAGGCCUUUACGCUCCAGUAGAUUCUGUCCACCGUGUAAACAUGAUUCAAGCUUAAAGGCACAUUUAAAAGAGGACUUAAGUGUCCUCAGAGUCCAGAGAGUCGGAGACCUGAGCGUGCCGGAGGUCUGUAACUGAAACUUUAGAGAACAAACCAGAAAAAAAAACACACUUCCUGAAGUUUCUCCUGAUAAACGACCACCUCGAGCACUUAAAUCAAAGCUCAAAAGUGUGUGUGUGUGUGUGUGAGAGAGAGAGAGAGAGAGAGAGAAAAAGUGUGUGUGUAUGUGUGUGUGUGUGCGUGUGGGGAGGGGGGUUAAUUGACCAGAUAUAAACUGAAACAGGGUCUAGAGAAAAAGCACAACUCCGACCAACCCAGAAAAAAGUACCACAAGUCGCCUGCUGGUUUCUGCUCUGAACUGAAGCUUCCCACGCUGUCAAUUUUUUCUAAACACGUUACGAAGCUUUGUGCUCAAAAAGAGAAAAAAAAAACAGAAAAAGAAGAAAUGUUUACAGAUGAAUUUAUCAAAUCAAGAAUGUUGUUCAAACAUGAAAUCUUCCACCUGAAACUUCAAAGUACCAAGUGCAAUAUAUUUUUGUAUUUGUGAUUUUUUGCACUAGUUUUUUCAUAUACUCUGUUGCUGUUUAUUCCAUUUCUGUGCAUUAUAUAUUAUUGACAUGAUCUUACUGCUGUCAUGAUCAACUUUUGAUAAAAUAAAAAGUUUAUUUUAUAAAAUAUUUUUAUAACUUUUUCUGUUUUUUU